AUGGCCUGCCUGAAAGAUCCAAAUUUGGAUAGGCAUACUACUAAAGCAAAAUCACGCCAUUUUCCGGUGAAUGGUCUGAGCGGCAAUAACACGCUUCAGCAGCAGCAGCAGCAAUAUAACCUACAGCAGCAGCAGCAGCAGCAGCAACAACAACCAACCACUGACACGCGCAACAUAUACAACAAUCCCUAUACACCGCCACAGGCAUUACAGCAACAGCAACAGCAGCAGCAACAGCAGCAACAACAACAGCAACAGACACAACAACGCGCUGCACACCUUUAUAAAGCAUUGGCUGCCUCUGCCGCAGUAAGCAACAGUUUAACUCAUCCAUACGAUUUUUCCACAUCGUCAUCAUCGUCUAACGCCAAUAACGAGCAACAGGGUUCAUCGUCAUCAGAAGCUGAGAAUGCGUUUCUAACUCAUAAUAACGGUGAGUGA